UUUCAGAUUUUUAUUUAAUAAUCUAUCAGUUAGAAGAAAAUAUAUAUGGUUCAAGAAUAUCAAUUAUCAAUUAUAAACAAAAUAAAUCAGAACAAUGAGAGAAGAUUACACCUGCUUUCAACUCAUAGGAAAUGACUCUAGCAUCAAGCGUAUGGUCGCUUCCGUUUAUUUAAACAACGCCAAAAAGCAAGAACAGACGAUCCGGGUGUGUAUAUGCGAUGAUCUACCUCAUAUUGUGAGAGAAUGCGACGAAAGUAACAGAAUAGAUACAGCACGCGAAUUAUUACAAGCUGAUUUGUCGGUAUCAGUAAAUUACGAAAGAACUCUGACCGUAAUUGCGUCCGAGAUCACAACGACAGACGAACAAAUCUGCUCGAUAGAACCAAAUUACGAAGUAGUUAUCCCACCAGAGACAAUAUGGGCUCAUGGGGCUACAGUUAUAGUGGAUUUCCAGGUACACAUGUUGAAAUCUAACGAAAAUGCGUCUGUUCAAAUAUCAAUCAUGUCUCAAGAUGAUGGAGGGAACGAAAUACCACUUAGUGUUCCUCCUAGAGCACAUCUACUGUGGCAACCAAAGAAUUUAGCUGGAGUAACAAAGCUCAGGGAAGCUUGGGAAGUAACAGGAGAAUCGGAAAUUCAACGAAAAACUUGGACAACUCGACAAGGCCCGAAGCCCUUUACUAGCAAUUACAAUAGCUUGGGGCAUAAGUCAGUGACAAUGCCAAGACAUAUGCAACCAAACUACGCCAAGGUGGAUACAUUAGUGCAAAGAAAAAUGACCAGAAUGCAAGAAGUUGAGGCAGAAUUGAAGCGAGAGGAACAGAAGAUGAAAUGGGAAGAGGAAAGAAAACGACGAGCAGACGAACGGAAAGAUUCUGCUAUAAGCUCCUCACAUAGUGAUAAAUACCACAUAGGGAGUGGAAGUUCCGCUUCCUCCAUACAGGAUACAGACUGGAAUGUUAUUAAAGAUCCCAGAGCAACCAUACCAACAAUCAACGGUGCAUACGAUAGUAACGGAGAACCAUUGCCUGAAUGGGCUAAAGGACUUGGCGAAGACUUUAAUUAUGAUGACGUGGUUGUGGUGUGAAAAAGUUGGGUGAAAAUCAGCGUGAAUAUGAAAACUAACCAAAGCACACCCCCGUUCCAGGAAACCGAACACGGCAGCAUGUGAAAACAAGCCGUCCACGAGGUUCGCCUUGCCAUCAAGAGAAACUGUAAAUACAGACUGUGAAACGCCGGUUGUACAGUUCUGAAAUGAAAGCGUUUUUACAUUUUUUUUCAACAAGGUCAGAUCCCCAAUCAGUGUAGAAGUUGACUUCGUAAACCACUGGCACUGAAGCGCCAGCAAAUCCGCGCACAAACCAUCAACCACAAAUGAAAAAAAAGAUUCAGUAUUAUAUUUCAAGCAGUGUUUCGUUUGAUUUAAAUAACUCCACAAACCUCAA